UCGGCCCGCUGCUCCCCCGCGCCUCGCGCCCGCCCGGGGCCGCAGACGGCCAGCAGAGCAGCCCAGCCGAGCCUCGCGGGGCCGCCCCAGCCCGAGGACCCCGGGUCUGCGACCCCCGAGGCCACCAACCCCCCUCCCAGGACCCCUAGGAGGACGCGCCGCGCUCCCCCUGCCGCCGCGCGCGUUCCAGGGCUCUGGAGGUCACGGGCACAAUGCUUUGGGCCCUGGUGGGGACCGUCCUCCCUGUCAUGUUGCUGGCUGCCCCACCACCCAUCAACAAGCUGGCCCUGUUUCCGGACAAGAGUGCCUGGUGUGAAGCCAAGAACAUCACACAGAUUGUGGGCCACAGCGGCUGUGAGGCCAAGUCCAUCCAGAACAGGGCCUGCCUAGGACAGUGCUUCAGCUACAGCGUCCCCAACACCUUCCCGCAGUCCACAGAGUCCCUGGUGCACUGUGACUCCUGCAUGCCGGCCCAGUCCAUGUGGGAGAUUGUGACCUUGGAGUGUCCUGGCCACGAGGAGGUGCCCAGGGUGGACAAGCUGGUGGAGAAGAUUGUACAUUGCAGCUGCCAGGCCUGCGGCAAGGAGCCCAGUCACGAGGGCCUGAGUGUCUACGUGCAGGGUGAAGACGGGCUGGGCUCCCAGCCUGGGCCACACCCCCACCCCCACCCCCACCCCGGUGGCCAGACCCCUGAGCCUGAAGAACCUCCGGGAGCCCCUCAGGUUGAGGAAGAGGGGGCUGAGGACUGAGGGCCCCCAACUCUUCCUCCCCUCUCGUCCCCUGUGGAAUGUUGGGUCCCACCCUCCAGGGAAGAGGGAGGGGAGAGGUAGAAGCCCUCCUCCUCUUGGCACUGGAUGGACUUGGAAUGCUGCCCGGUUGUCAUGGAGAUCUGAAGGGAGGGGCUGGAGCCAAGCUGCACGAUUUAAUAUAUGCAAGAUGCAGGGAGGGGCGGGGGGUGAGGAAGCAGACAUCCUCAGGGCUCCUUUUUGGAAGGUGAAGAAGUGUGGUCUCUCCUUUGCUUUCUAGAAAUGGGUCCCUGGGAUGGAGAGGGAGUGGGCUGAGCUGCUGAGGAUGAGCGACACCCUCAAAUGGGGCGGCAGGCCCAGGCCAAGGUCCACACAACUCCUGACGGGCAGGCUCCCCAGGGAUGGGCAGAGGGUGGGUACCAUGCCAGCAUCCUCUUUGCGGGAGGGUCUGGGCUGGGAAGACUCCUGGCAGAAGCAGGAAGCUCCAGCCCCCCAGGUCUCCCUCACGCCCCACCUCCAGGGAAGCAACCUUGCGUGGGGUGGUCUCGGAGUCGUGCUGGGGCAGGACCCCACUGACUCAGGUGCCAGAGUCACUGCAGAAGAAAACAUCCUUCCUGCCUCUCCCUCCAGAGAUCUUAGCACUCUGCUCGCCGCGUUCUGGACCCUUUGGGAAGCUGAGGCAGCCAGCCCCACUGUUUUUCUGAAUGGGGGGGGCAUGCUUGGUUUAUCUCCCUCGCCUGGGACCAUAGUGGACAGGAGGCCCUGCGUAGGGCCCCUGCUGACCCCGGCUCCCCAUUCUGUUCUUCCCUCUUCUCCUUCCCGGCUGCACUUUAACCCGAGGGCAGGCAGGUAGUGAGGAAGAGCCCUCUGAUAUGUGGGCACCAUUGUUUGUGUCCAGGGGGCUGCCAGCUCACCCCCUGCCUGGGGGUGCCCCGGCCCGUGGCUGUUUGACGAGAGCCUUAGAGCUUGUAACCAGUAGCCAUCUCCCCUGAACCCGAGUGUUUUCAUGAAUAAAUACCUUCGACGCCUCCA